AUUCUCCCUCAAAACAUCGUUCCACAAACACCCGCAACAAAUCCCAUCGCAUAUCUAUCCCCUCUAAAUCGCAAAGAUGGGUGGCGAUCUCAACCUGAAGAAAUCAUGGCACCCCUCCCUCCUCCGCAAUCAGGAGCGCGUCUGGGCGGAAGAGAAGCGCGCCCUGGAGGAACGGAAACGCAUUGACCAGCUGCGGCGCGAGCGCGACGAGGAGCGCCAGAUCCAGGAGCUGCAGCGGCUGCAGGAGGACUCGGGGAAAGCCCGGCAGGUCCAACGCGUCGACUGGAUGUACCAGGAGCCGUCGAGCGCGACGGGCCACUACUCCGAGGAGAUGGAGGGAUACCUGUUGGGGAAGCGGCGGUUCGAUCAGAUCCUGUUGAAGAAUGAUGAGAGUCAGGCGCUAAAGAAGGGGGCCGGCGCUGCGGUCACCGGGGAGGGGGCUGCGGCUGCGGCUGCGGGCACGAAUCCCAGGGAUACCAUGGUGAAGGUCUUGGCGGAUCCGUUGUUGGAGAUUCGGAGGAGGGAGCAGGCGGCGCUGGAGAGUGCCGUUAAGGAGGGGGUGAGGAGGGGGUCGUCGGGUGGUGUUGGUGCUGGUGCUGGGGGACAUAGGGAGAGGAGAGAGAGGGGCGGCGAUCGGGAGAGGAGACAUCGGAGGGAUAGUAGGGAGCGGGAGCGGGAGCAUAGGAGUAGGAGGAAAUACAGUGAUGAGGAGGAUAGGCGGUCGUCGCAUCGGCAUAGGGAGAGGGAGAGGGAGAGGGAGAGAUCCCCUAAGGCUGAGGAGAGUCGGUCGGAGAGGAGACGAAGGGAUGAGAAGGGUGAGCGGAGCUAUCACCGGCGUGAUGAUAGGGAUCGCAGAGAUGACCGCGAUCGCAGAGAUCGUGAUUACGACAGAAGGGACCGCGACCGCGACCGCGAUCGUGAUCGCGCUGGCAGAGACGGGGACAGAGAUCACCCUAGCAGACAACACGAGAAGGAAGACCGUCACGACCGCCCAUCUCGUCGAGAUGCUCCUCAGGAUCGGUCGCCCUCGCCCCGACCUGAUCGCUAUCACUCUGACAGACGUCGGUUUGACGACAGAGAAGAUGGCCCUCGUCGGGAGGCUCAUCACGGAGACCGACGAGAAAGAUCCGAUCGCUUUUCCGAAAGAAAGGAUUAUAGAGGACCUAGAGACUCAUACAACCGUGACACGAAACCUCAGGACAAUAACAACUCAGAGCAGAGAUCCAAGGAUCUGGAACAGGAACGCAAGCGCAAACUGGCAGAGAUGCUGUCCAACGCGGACGAGAUGGAAGAAUCCCGUCGCAAGCGUAUUGCGGAGGUUACUGCUUCAGAACAGAAGCAACUCGAGGAGGACGAAAAGCAUCGCUCUGAAAAGGGCCGAUUCGUCUCGGGCCUUCAUCGGCAGCUUCAGGAAGACAGCUUGGAUGACCGCCUCAAACGGAGUCGUGGUGGACUUGCUCGGUUGGAUGAUGAGUGAAUGUCUUCUUUUGCAGCGUCCUACUACUAUCAUUCUUAUUCUAUGGUUCUAGGCGCCUUUUCUAGGGCCGCGAUAAGUGUAACACU